UUGAUUGAUGACCUUGUGAUUGGUGACUAUGGUGGUGACUGCAGUGCUGCUUCUGCACAUCGUGGGGCUGUGUGCCACUGCAACCAGGGCGGGAGAACUGUGUACAUGAAGCGUUUCGUGAAGGACUUUCGUGCAGAGAAAAUUAGUCGUGGCGACCUACAGCUUGAUCUGAGAGAAUGCUACAGUGUGAAGAAGAAGCUGAAGUCGAAAUUGAUUGAACUUGCUGUUGUUAUGAAAGACAACCUUCGUGCACUGGGUUCUUUGGUUGAACUUAUUAUAGGUACAGAUGCUGCGUUAAACGGCUACGACCUUGCCCUGCGUUUGCGUUCCUUUACGUUGGAAAUUAUUGAGUCAACUAUGGCAGACGCUCAUGUUGCUCUAACAAUGACUUCAGAAGAAUCUCUGGUUCACGUUGUUGUUGGCCUCGUCACGGAGGCGAUGUUGGAUGUCCCGAAUGUGACCUUCAUUGACCCACUGUUCAUGCAUCCGCGACUGAACAAGUUCAGGAGGAACGUGAUCCACCUGUCACCCACGGUGGAGCAGGAGCUGUUCGUGCUUGCGCAGUACCUCGGGAACACGAGUGAUGCCUCUGCUGCCGCUGUGAUC